CCCGCGCAUGCGCAGAGCACGACGUCCGGGAACAAUAUUGUAGGCGAAAAUGAAAAGCGCUGGAGUUGGGAAGGUGAAGACAGUACGGAACGGUGUGGCACAGUGGAUUUCUCUAUUUUAGAGCAGAAACAGUGCGUUUUACUCUUUCUAAAUCCUUGUAGGGGGUUAUUAGAGCGGUAAAUAGAAGCUGGGCGGGCGUGGGUGGUUUAUUCUGCCUGUUUGUGUGGAGAUUCGUGCGGCUGGAGGAGCAGCAGUGCGCAGCCUGGUUCUCCGGCGCUGCUGUGUGAGUGAAGUGUGUGGAAAGGAGGGAGCAGAGCUUUAACUUUAUUAGGCUGAUAGUAAGUUAAUUCCUGGUGGCUGCGGGUUUUAACAGUGUUGUAGGGAACGCAUGGGGUGCUGGAGGCCGAUAGGAUUACAGGGGAGGGCUAAAUUUGACUUGUGUGAGGAAUAUGAGAGACAGGCUGAGAGAUAAGCUAUAUAGAUAGAUAGCUGUAGGCUGCAGAUGAUGGAUUGAGAGAUUGAUAGACAGUGAGAGAGAGAGAGAGGAAGCUUUAACUAAAGUCUAGUUAGGUCUAGCACUUUAUUCAGGAUUCGUGUUGUUGAUUAUAUGUGUGUGGUUAUCCACUCAUAACACGCGUACAAUAAUUCCAGCAGCGUUAAUGCCUCUCUGAAGCCUGGGUGUGAGUUAGUAAGUCUGACUGUGCGUAAAACCAUGGCGGACUCGGUGAAGACCUUCCAAGCCCACCUGACCGCAGUAAUGGACAGUUUGGUCCGCGCGUCCGUGUGCGAGAUCACCAAACUCUUCCAGGACACGGUGAACGACUACCUGGUGGAGAUCUCGCUGAACAGGAAGGAGAACGAGGCCCUGAAGUUACGCCUGAGGCUGACAGAAAACAAGCUGAGGAACGAGAGGAAAUACGGCAUGGCGUGGGCUGCGAACCGCCGAGCUGCUGGCCUGCUGGCCUCGGAGGACCCCGGCACCAAAAAGCGCAGAGUGGACAUCAGAGCCAAACAGGGGAAGGAGUGGAGGAGUGGUGGUGGUGGAGGUGGAGCCGCUGCUGCUGCUGCUGCUACUGCUGCGUGGGAGGAGGGGGCUGGAGGAGUGAGGGAGGAGAAGAGGGAUGUGUUCCGAGUCCAUCUGCCAACUGAAAGACAGAGACAGGGAGAGGAGGGUGAGGAGGAGGAGGAGGAGGAGGAGGAGAGGAGACGUGUCUCCAGGGAGAGGAAGGAGGUGGCCAGCAUUAAAGAGGAGGAGGAGGGCUACAGGUCAAAUUCUCUGAGGCUGCUGCAGGAGGCGCUCCAGAUGAGCCAGAAUGAGACUGUCUCUACCCACGUGGAGCUGGACCCUGCCUCUGUUGGUUCUGGAUCAGUUGCAGCUGAAGCAUGGGAGGAGCCGCCUUCGCUGUCAGCUGAAACCAUGACUAGUAGUGACGAGCUCAGUGGACUCGAGACUGCUCUAAAGGCAGAACGUGAGCGUGAGGGGGCGGGGCCUCCUAUGGACAGCUCCUCCCACCCCGGGAGCACAGCAGAAGGUGUGGAAUUUAUUGGCCUUGACGGUUUGUGCAGCUCUCAACAAGAUGGCCCCCUGUCAACACACAAAACAGAACCUAAUGAAGUCCCCUCGGCCACAGGAAGUCAGGGCGACGAGGAGGAGGAGGAGGAGGAGGAGGAGUCUUGCCAAGAGGGCAGCGACCCUCUUCAUUUCUGUCCGCAGUGUGGAGGUGGCUUUAACUCAGCCAGUGACCUGGCGGAACACACGUGCCCGUUGGCGGAAGUGCAGCCCUUCCAGUGCUCCUCUUGCGGUCAAGCCUUCAGUCAAGCCUGGGGCUUGAAGAACCACGAGUGUGUGCAGGUGGGCGAGCGGCGGCACCGCUGCGAUCUUUGUGGAAAGGGCUUUACACAUGCGCGCUCGCUGGAGCGCCACCAGCUAGUGCACACAGGCGAGCGCCCGCACAGGUGCCUGCAGUGCGGCCGCAGCUUCAGCCGCUUGGGCAACUUGGAGCGGCAUCAGCGCAUCCACACGGGCGAGAGGCCGUACGAGUGCGGCGCCUGUGGAAAGAGGUUUAGCCGAGUGGAAUACCUGAAACGGCACCAGCAGAUACACACCGGAGAGAGGGGCGAAAGGAACACCCUGCAGUGCGGCCACUGCAGCCAGACGUUCGGUGACACAGAGCACCUCAAACGCCAUCAGUGCUUCUCCAGUGCCUGACAACAAGAGCAGCAUGUGACCAUAGGCCGAUUGCUAAUUGGAGUGUUUUAACCCAUUAAACUCUAUGGAUUUGUCCACAGGUCCAAACAUUCCUAACCUUUUAAAGAUAAUAUUUGUUCCAUGCAGUUACUGAAAGAUAAGCUUUAAGCUGGUUUUCACACCAAAUGUAUCCAGUAUGCGCUGCAUUCUCCUUUCAUGUGCUUGCUGGUUCAGAACAAAAGUGGGAGGUGCUCUCAAGGGACCCUUUGCCUAUUUCAAUGCAAAUUCUCAUGUUUGGCGUUUUGUGUAAAAAAUUUAAACCUAAAAUACAAGUAAAGCAGCAUCUUUGAAAGCAAAGCCUUACAGUGGGUUGAGUUUAUUUAGACAUCUUGUCCUGGCUUUGUAUGUGUCACUGUGUUGAACAGAGUUAAUCUCUGUAAGCAUAUCGGAAGUAGCACUACUACUACCACCAGUAUUCCCAAAUAUGAAGUAGAUGCAGGGACAGUGAUUUUCAGGUUAAGCUUUCUCUUUGUCUAGGCUGGGAUUCCCAAAAGUGUCUUUGCAUAAAGAUGGUUCUUAAGGGAUCAUGCAAGCUUAACACAAAACGCUCUCUCCAUCAGUUCAGAUGAUCUUAACAUCAAGAUGCUUCUGGGAAACUGAGCUUUGUUCAGUAAAGGUUUGGUUAUAGUGCAUUGUCAUCUUGAAGUUGGCAAACAUGCUUUAUACCAUUACAUAUACAUUCCACCAGCUCAGCUCAAUGGCCUGUCACAGCAGUUAAUCAGUGGUAUACCACUGGCUAUAUAAAUUGUAAAGAAUUACAUGCAGAACAAAUACAGUAGUACAAUACAAUACGAAAUAAAAAAAUAUAAGUUAUAGUAGUGUCAUUAAUUUGUUUAAAAUCUAAAUACAGAAAUACGUAAAAAAAAGGAACAUGACCAAAGCUGAAGCUAAAAAUGAUAAAAACAAUGCCUCCUAUACGCUAGUGGCUAUGAUUUGGCAUGGGUAAACAAACAAAGGGCUAAGGUAGGGUUAAAGGCUAUUGGCUAUAAAGGGCUACAUGUAACCAAUGAGCACUGACCAAUUACAGCUCACACAAAACAACAGACAAUUUUAAAUAAAGCAUUUUAUAUGGUAAACAGCGUACCAGUCAAAAGUUUGGACACUUGAGUGUUGUUUCAUUAUUUGAAAAUGUUCUGCAUUGUAUAUUGAUACUAAAGUCAUCCAAACUAUGAAGAAAAACAUAUGGAAUUAUAUAAUGUGUUUUAUAUUUUAGAUUCUUCGCAGUAGACAUAUCUUACCUAGAUGACAGCUUUGCACAUCUCAGCUUACAGUUAACAGCUGUGUCCUGUCCAGGAAUUUACUUGAUUUCUUGCCCUCUUAAUGUGUUGGAGAAGUUGUGUUGUGAAGAGGUACAGUUAGUAUAGAGUAAACAAUUCUAUUUGAGUAAUGUUCUAAUCCAUACUAUGGCAAGAACCACUCAACUAAGUAAAUAAUAAAAAUAGCUUUAAGAAAUGAAGGUCGGUCAGUCCGACACAUUUCAAGAACUUUGAAAGAAUCCUCAAGUGCAGACUCAAAGAUCAUCAAACACGUUGUGAUGGAACUGGCUCUUAUCUGGAUUGCUCCAGGAAAGAAAGAUCAAGAGUUACCCCUGUUGUACAGGAUAAAGUUACCAACCUCAGAAACUGCAAGUUAACAGCAGAGUAUUUUUUUUUUUAACAUGUUUAAGUUACAUGGUUCCUUGUAUGUUUCUUGAUAGUCUGAAAGAAAGAAUUAACAUUGAAAUGAGAAGGUGUGUCGACACAUUUGACAAGUACUGUAUGCUAAUGUAUUGUUUCCCAGAAAUGUUUGAAAGCCUAGUCUUGGACCCUUUUGAUUCACCUCUGCAAAUUCUUGUGAUCUAGAUUUAGACUUAUUUUAGACCUUGGCUGCUCAUAAUUGUCUAAAUACUGUCAUGUUACAAAUGAAGAAUGGACGUUUGGACUUGUUGAUGAAUUCUUAGAGUUUAAGAGAUUUUAAAUGCUUUGUAAAACAUCUGAUUUCAACCAUCUUACAUGAAUAGAUGAAGAACAGUAUAUGAUUUGCCAAUAGACAUCAUCUUCCAUAAGCUCAGUACAUCAUCUCUUAUUCAUUGUGUUCCAUAAAGCAGUCUUAAGCCGAUCUUUGCCAUUUGUUGUUUUGUAGUUUAUUUUUAUGUUUUUUCCUCUAGCGUCAACUGAGAACUUGCUUACAUACUUUGCACACAAACACUAUAUGGACACAAGUAUUGGGACACAUGCUCAUUUAUUGUUUCUUUUGAGGAGUUUAUCCUGCUGCUGUUGAAAGUUUUUUUUUUUAUUAUAGUUCACAUCAUUGCUUAGAGUGUUUUUUAUAUUCAGCAUGUCUGGAAGUUCUUGGUGGGGCACCAUUAUUCCAGUUCCAGUUCCACUCAUACCCUGGGCCACGCCUGGCAUUAGGUAUGGUGCCAAUACAUGGGUUUAACGUUUAUCUGCUAUAGAGAGUCCUAUUCUAUUGGCAGUAAUACUUCUCUACAGGGACUAGACAAGCUGUGUGUGUGCAUUUGUACAUUUGUGUCAGCAUUGAAUACACUCACUAAACAGGGUGUCCACAAACAUUUGGACUUUGGUCAUAUAGUGUACUUGCAUGCACUUUCUACUUUCCAUCCUUCUGGUAAAAUUAACCAGACAUGUCCUGACAACAGCCUGGUCUGUCCGAUCUUUAAACACAGAUGUCCUAAAACAUUUUUUUCAAGUAAAUCAUAAUACUAUCAAUCAUGUUACACAUUACACGAUGAGUACAGAACCAGGACCUCAUCAGUGCUUCCAUUAAAUCAUCAUAUCAUUGUACUGUAGAACCCAUACACACAUGCCUCUCGGUUAAGUGUUGAUCCAUGUACAGCAGUUCAUUAGACAGUGUUUCUCAAAAGAUCAUGCAAAUUUUCAAACAAGUACAAUUGCAUGGAUUGUGAUUCUGUUUCUUUUUUCAUUCAGAUUUUAAACUAAAUUGUGACCCAAGCAUUUCCAAUGUAAAUCCUAAAUGUGUCUACUUGUGUUGUUACAUAGACCCUGUUUACAUCUGAUCACAUCAUGAUUGUAUUUAGGGCUGGAUGAUAUGGACAAAAUGUUUUCUAAUUCCAGUCAGUAGGAUAUAAUUCUGAUACUAAUAAGAACAAUAAAAAAGCCACAAACCUCCUCAGAACAAGUGCCUAUGCUCAAUAGCUUCAGAUAAAAACAUAUUUGCCUGUUUAUGUAAUGUGCCCUGUGAUAAGGCACAGUCAGUGAUGGAUGCCAUAAAUAAUGUAUAUUGAAAUAUCAUAUAAUUUAUUGAAAGAUUUUCUGUUAUGAUAUAUAUUAUAUAGCUCUAAAAAAAAAUUAAGAGACCACUUGAAAAAGAUGAAUUUCUGCGAUUUUACCAAAUUAAAAACCUAUGGAAUUUACUCAAGAGGAACAUGAAUGAUCACAGGCCAUCAAACCAAGCUGAACUGCUUGAUUGUUUUGCACCAGAAGUAGCAAAAAGAUAUCCAAAAGCAGUGUGUAAGACUGGUGGAGGAGAACAUGCCAGUAUGCACGAAAAAUGUGAUUAAAAAGACAGGGUUAUUACAUCAAAAAAAUUGAUUUCUGAACUCUUAAAACUAUAUUAAUAUGAAUUUGUUUUCUUUGCCUAAUGUGAGGUCUGAAAGCUCUGCAUUUUUUUUGCUGUUUCAGCCAUUUCAAAUUUUUCUAAAUGCUCUAAAUAACAAUAUUUUUACUUGAAAUUUGGGAGAAAUGUCUGUAGUUCAUUCUCAAACAUAUACAUAUAAUUAGCAAAAUCAGAGAAAGUGAUUCAGAAACGUAAGUGGUCUCACUUUUUUCAGAGCUGUAUAUUUAUAUUGAUAAUUUUCUCAGCGCUAAACCGCUGUGUGGGACACUAAAACAAAUUUAUUUAUUGCACAACAAUUAUUACAUAUUACAUAAAAAAAUCUUUUUAAUUACAUGUGUGAUACAUGUGAUUAAUAGGGGUGUGACCAGACACAAUAUUGGAUUUAUGAGAAUGAGACAUGAUUUUAACUAUAUAUAUAUAUAUAUAUAUAUAUAUAUAUAUAUAUAUAUAUAUAUAUAAUAAUUGAAAAUAAAAUGCAAACUGUAGGUGAUUUUUUUUUUUUUUAUGAAAGUAAAUUUUUUACUCUUAGUAUGCAAGUACAGCAGACGAUAUUACCAUAAAUCCAACAACCUCCUCCUGUAUGAUCUCACAUGAGUCUCUUCAGACCUUAGAACUAUUGUCAGAAUCCCCCAGUGAGGGUUCUGUGUUCAACUGGCAAUCCCCCUUAAGGCUUCUAUCAAACCUGGCAACCUAUGACCGAAUCUCAGUACAUCACCUCCGUGCGUGGUGUCUCUUGCUCUGCAGUGUAAACUGUGAAGGCAGUAAUGUGUGGGCAGGAACACAAGGCUCUGCAGGUCACACCAUUAACAGAAUGCGAAGCAACUUAUUAAAGUCAGCAGAUACAGAGAGUUUGCUGCCCAAAAUGAUCAAACAUUUGUUGUGCAUACCUGUGUAUCUUGCAAGACACAUUUAAAACCUGACAAAAAAUUUAGUUCUGUUUUAAUCUUGCAUAAUCUUGUGGCCUGAGAUCUUGUCACACCCCUAGGAAUUAAUUAAUCUAAAUUAAUAGCAUUAUAAGAUUCACAAUUCAAUAGAAUUUCAGCUGCGGAGCAAAUUAAUUAAUGAAUAACUGCCAAAGGCUUUAAAGCUCCCUGUAAUGAACAUCAGUCAGUAACAGAUGCUGAAAAUACUGUAUAUCUCUUACAACACUGGACCAAUUUUUAAUAUUUUGAUUCUCUUUUAGUCUAAAAGCAGUGAUACUAUAUGUUUUCCUAGCUGAAUUAAUCACAGAUUUUUGAUAUCACAGUGAUGAUACUGCACAGUUUGUUUGCCUGCAGCAUGUUAUAGUGACCAGAACUGUGUCGACUGUGGAUGAAAAUAUAAAUGUCUCACGUGGCCGCAGGCGGUUCGAGUGAUUGGAUUAGUAUCUUUUUGUUUUAAAAGCUUCUUGCGUUACACCACAAUACAUUUUUGUCCAAAACCAAGCCAAACAAAAUAAAACUAAAGAUUAAAUACUAAACAUGUUUUUUCA